AGAAAAAGAAAGACAGAAGAAGAGAGACUUACGCGAUGUACAUCUACAAAGUUUUGAAACAGGUUCAUCCGGACACGGGGAUUUCGAGCAGGGCCAUGAGCAUCAUGAACUCCUUCGUGAAUGACCUGUUCGAGAGGAUCGCCACCGAGGCGUCCCGGCUGGCUCAAUACAACAAACGCUCCACCAUCACCAGCAGAGAGGUGCAAACCGCAGUGAGGCUGCUGCUGCCCGGCGAGCUGGCCAAACACGCCGUGUCUGAGGGCACCAAGGCUGUCACCAAGUACACCAGCUCCAAGUGAAGACUUCACAGCAAGGGUUUCAGACCUGUGCAUCAGUGCUGUCUUAACGUGCUCAAUUUCAAUAAAUGUAAAUGAAUGUUUCGAUUAACUACUA